AUGAGCAAUUCGGGAACUACGUAUCAAAGAUGUUAUCGACCGAAUAAUGAGGAGGUUUGUUGUUUUUUUAGUCUUGAUGAAAAAAAUUCGCAAAGGAUAUUAAAUUACUAAAUGCUCGUAAAUAAUACUUGGUAUUUCGAUAUGAAUAGAUGAGACAAUUUUUGAAUUAGCGGAACUCAGGAGUUAAAAAUUACGAAAAUUCAAGACUUCGGAAAAAAAAGGUGUCUUGUUAGAUGAAAAUUAUUGAACACGACAUAAAAAAUUCAAUAUUUGCACUCAUUUUUUAUUCGUCUAAAAUUGACACUCUUUUGUCGUCUUUAAAUUUUUAUUGAACAUUUUUUGAUGAUCGAAAUGUAAAUUGAUGGUAACAGGUGCAAUUUUGGUUUUGUGAUUUAUGGAUUUGCGUUAUUCUAGAUAAACACGAAACAAAAAAUAUUUGAAAUUUUAAUCACGAUUUGUUUUUUUUCAGCAACAACCAUCGACCUCAACAUCAGUUCCUCUUCGUCAAGUCGCAACAACAGUUCCACAGCCGCCGCCACAAUUGGUUCCACGUGGAAUGCCGCCAAGAAUGGUGCCUGUUGGAUCACUUGUUGUUGGCGAAAAGGUUUGUAUUGGGAAUUUCGGCAAUUUUUGAAUGGACAUUUUCAGAAAUUUGAAAUUAUUGGUUUUUUUUUGCAAAAAUAAGUUCUCCCGGCCUUUCAGAAACUUUUUUAACUUCUGUGGCCCUUCCUUUUUUCUACAACACAUAAGAUUUUUUUAAAGGUGGAGUCCGAGCAAAAAUUGAGUUGUGCUCAUUUGAAAUAGCAUGUUCUAAUUCGUACAAGAAAAAACAGUGACACCGUGUACAAUGGCUGUAAAAGUGUAAAAGUCCAUAAAUCCUGUAGCUUGGAUUUAAUGUUUGAGAAGCUUCCAGAAAAAAUCCUUCUAGGAUUCUACUAAUUAGAAAAUGCUCUUUCAAAUAAGCACAGCUUAAUUUCUGCUCGCACUCCACCUUUAAAAUUCGAUCUGUAAUUUUUUUUACAUAAAUAAAAAACUCAAAUAAAUUUUAGACUAAAAGUUCAAAAUUUUUGAGCAUGUAAUUUUGGCUUUUGUUGGAGAUAUUAUUUUUAAUAAUUGUUCGAAUGAGAUUGAGAAUCGGAAUAAAAUGUCUCAUUUUGCAUCCUUUCACGUAACACGAAUUUUAUUAUUCAAAAACAAAUCAAAACGUGUGUGAGAUGACACGACAACGUAGAAAAAAACGACAGGAAUAAUUUUGAAAUCAAAAUGUAUUAAUUUUCAGAUCCUGUUACCAGCUGGAAUAAUGCGACUUCAACCAUCUGCAAUAUCAGAUGGUGGAACAAAUGCAACUUGGCAACCACAAACGCCGCCAGUUAGGGUAAGUCUUUCAUAUUUUCAUUUUUUCACAAUAUAAUUUGUUAUUACUUUUUCAGAUGCUUGGUUCAUUUACUCCAUCUUUUGUUCCUCAACCAAUUCAACCGCGAAUAUAUCCAAAUGAUUCGAAUGCUGUUAGAAGAACUGUAAGUUGGUUUUUUGAUUUUGGGGAAAAUAAUUGGAGGCUUUUUAUUUUUUUUUUCGAAUGAUUCAUUUUGAUUGAAGGGUGUAAUAGUUAUUUGUCUGCUUUUUUUGAAGAAAAAAAUAAUUGUGCCAACUUUGACUGUUUUUUUGUUGCCAAUUUUAUAGAGAAAUUAUUUUUCAAAACGAAAAAAGUCAUGAAUAUUUUUUUAGUUUCUAGAUUUUUCGCGUGUUGAAAAAUGCGUUAGAAAGUGUUUUUUCCUUCAAAAUAAUAUCGACUUUUCCAACAAAAAAGCUCCAAAAGUUUUUUAAUUAAAAGUAUCAUGAGAUUGAAUUUUUUCGUAACACAGUUUAAAAUUGUCGUUUCUCGAGAAAAUAUUUGUUUCCAAGUUUUGUUUUUCUGAAAUAUAUAGUGUAAUCAUUUCAAUAUUUGAACAAAUUUUUUUGCUAAGAUGAGAAUAAAGUACAUGUGCGAAAAGUUCAUGUUUGUCGCCUGAAAACUGAUUCUAAAACCGACAAUUAAAAAAAGUAUGGUGAGCCAGUUUCCCAGACAACGGGUUUUUUCUCUUUCUCUUUUGCUCAACUCUCUUAGACACGGAUUAUCACUAUUUCAGUCUUUUUCGCCUAACUUUGAAACAAAUAUUUAAUUUAUUCAAUUUUUCAGACAACAAAAGUGGUUCAAGCAAUUCCAUUUGUUACUUCAACAUCUCAACAAACUCAACAACAGCCACAAUUUCAUAUUGUUCAGCAACCGCAGCAACAAAAAAUGAUUGGAACAACAAAUCAAUCCACGUGGUAUUUGACACCACAACAAACAUCAGGAACAUCAACAACGGUUUCCAUUAAUUCAACAUCAUCUGCAACACCUGAUUCUGGAAUUCAAAGUGUUCCAACAUCACCGCCUUCACCUAAUUUUCAACAAGCUUCAGUUUCGAAUGUAAGUUUGUUUAUAUUUAAAAAUAAUUAUGUAUGUUGGUUUUUUGCAGGCUGACGGAUCAUUUUGUGAAGAAAAAGAGGAUUUCACGGAUAUGCCAUUGUUAGUUCCAGCUGAUCAAGAAGAUGAUCCAAUUGAUAUUCCUUCGGUUAGUGUUCCGCAACAACAACAAACACCUGAAGCAGCAACUGAAACAACAUCAACAGGAGAAGAUGAAAGAGUAUCACAUGAAUCUGAAUGUGAAACAUCAGCAACAUCACAAGCAAUAUCAAUUACACAAAAUAUGGACUCUGAUGAAAUUGUUAAUCGAUUACUUGAACUUGAUCCGAAAAAAGCAUCAAUUAUUGCAACAUUGAUAAAACAGAAAAUACAACCACCAAGAAAAAGAAAAAGUCAACAACAGCAACAUGAUGAAACUGAAGUAUCUUCUACAACUCCAGCGACACCAAAACCGAAAAAAAUGAAAAAGAGAUCGCCUUCGCCGGAAGAAGUUGUUGUAACAACUUCAACAGAUCAAGAAGAACCAAGUACUUCGGAUGAAACUAUUUUGAAAACUGAAGAAAUAUCUCCGGAAGUAAAACUACAGUCAAAGAAAAGAGCUGGGAGACCGGCUUCGAAAAUUGAAAAACCAGAGAAAAAUGAAUUGAGUGGAGAAGAAUUGGAAAUUCAAUAUCGAUUAGCAAUUCAAAAAAGAAUGGAAGAAGCAAUGCAAAAAGAAAUCAAUUUAUGUAUUGAAGAAGUGUCGAAACUAACAUUGCCAAAAGGAGGAAUCAAGAAAAAUCGAAUGACUUGGACAAAAUCAUUAUCUUCAUUGAAAAAUCGAGUAUCAAAAUCUGGUAUGAAAAAAUUGGCAAAUAAAAUGAAAGAAGAAGAUUCUACAACAAGGAAAAAUCGAGUUUUGCCAAGAAGAAGUCGAAAUGAUGAAUCGCCCGAUAAUGGAAAUAUUGAAGGAAGAUUUAAUGGAGAAUAUGAAGAAAUAUCAAGAAGUAUUGCUUCUUCAGAAGAUAUAUAUAAAUAUUGGAAAUCUCCAUCUUUGGCUUGUGGUUGUUCAAAAGGUGCUUGUACUUCAGAUGUUCAAUGUUUGAAUCGAGCAUUACGAGUACAAUGUUCAUCAGAAUGUACUCUUACUUUAUGUGCAAACAAAAAGUUCUGGAAAGAAGAUACGUCUCGAUUAUGUGUUUCAAGUGGACCAAAAUCAAAAAGAUAUUUAAGAUCAAGAAUAUCUCGAAAAGCUGGUGAAUUAUUAUGUGAAUAUGCUGGAGAAGUUAUAACAAGUAAAGAAGCAAUUACAAGGUUUUCAAAUAGCUCUGAUUCUCGAAUUUUGGCUAUUGGAGCAAAUUUGUUUAUUGAUUCAACUAAAAAAGGAAAUGUUGGACGAUUUGUGAAACAUAGUUGUAAACCGAAUUCAAGAUUAGAAGUUUGGUCAAUCAAUGGUGUUUAUCGAGCUGGUAUUUUUACUCUUUAUGAUAUUGCUUCAAAUUGUGAAAUAACAAUUGAUAAAAAUCAUUUAUUGCCACUGGAUUCAACGUGUAAUUGUGGAGUUUCGGAAUGUCGAAAAAUCGUUCGAGCAGCAAAGAAUUCAAUAAUUGCAUCAGCAAUUCCAAAUGAUCCACCAAAUGGAAGAUUUUUAUCAAGAAGUCGAAGACGAACAAUUGAUAAUGCAAAAAGAAGUAGUGGAUUACCAAAUUGUUUAUUCAAAGAAAGUUCAAGAAGUCCAAGUGCUAAUAUCGGAAUGAAAAAAGUAUUUGAAGCUAUUUCAUUUCGAGUUAAAAAUAUUGAUGGAAGUAUUCCAUACAAAUAUCUUCCACAAUACAAUAAUCUUCGAUCAUUUUUGAAAACAUCAAAUCCUGAUCCAGUUGAAUUCAACUCACUUGUAAGAAAAUGGUUAGAUGUUGUAGAUGAUGAUGAUAUUGAUAGAGCAUUGAUACCGAUUCAAAAUAAAUGGCUGAAUAAUGAAGUUAUUGAAAAGAACAAAAAACGAUCAAGAAUUAGUUCGAUUUCAUCAACAACAUCAAUUCAAUCACCAACUCCAAGUUUAAUUGUUGGAAAACAUUCGGAUGCUGAUUUAUCAUAUUUGGAAUCUGAGAAUCCAAUUGGAAGUUAUGAUCCAGAUGAUGCUUGGACAAAUUAUAAAGCAAAUGCAAAUGAUAACGCAGUUAGAUGUGUUUGUGGAAUACUUGAUGAAGAUGGUGAAAUGGUACAAUGUGAUACUUGUCAUUUUUGGCUUCAUAUUGAUUGUGAUUCGGAAUAUAAUGGAUCAGAUGAAUAUAAUUGUGAAUUUUGUAUCAAAAAAUUAUCAGGAAGACCAAAUAAUGAUGUAAUAUUGAAAUCUCAACCUGAUGUUCGCUUUGAAGAUUGUAUUUAUUAUAAAGCAUUGGUAAAUCGAAGAGGAAUUCAAGUUCGACUCAAUGAAACUGUUUAUGUAAAUAAACAAGUUCCAGAAGAUGUAAGUUUAAAAUUCGAAAAUGUUGAUAUAAAAAUAAAUCCAAUUUUUUUCAGCAUAAGAAUCUUUUGAGAAACUUGAGAGAAGAAACCACGUCGAAAAAGAAGGGAAAAUCAAAGAAUCCAUACGAGUUUCCAAUUGCUGACACAUCAAAAAUCAGAAAACAAGAAUUUGAUCGAAAAAAUACGCGAAUUUUCCGAGUUGAACGACUUUUCGUAACUCCCGGAAAUAAUCGUUUUGUAUUUGGAUCAUUUUAUGCUUGGCCACAUGAAACAUAUGUUGAUACACAAAGAAUGUUUUCACAAAAGGAAGUAUUCCCAACACCUCUUUAUGAAACUUUACCGUUGGAUGAAGUUAUUGGAAGAUGUAUGGUUAUUGAUGUUGAGACUUGGUGUAAAGGUCGACCAACUGUUCCACUUUUUAAGGUUUGUUAAAUUUGCAAAUAAAUUAAAUUGAGGUUUAAUUAAUUUAUUUGCAGGAAGAUGACGUAUUUUUGUGUGAAUAUCAAGUGGCAAAAAAUCAAAGAUGUUUCGAAAAAGUUCCAGCGAAAAAUCGAUAUCCAAUCAACACUAAUUCUUAUGUUUUCAACAAUUUCAGUAAACCAAAGAAAGUAGUUCGAAAUUUCCGACCUUAUUCUGAAAGAACACCUUCUUCGACGCCUUCAAAAAAUCAAAAAAUGGUUUCACCAAAAGAAAAAGAUAAGAAAAGUUCGAAAAUUGUGAGUUUCUUUUAAUUUUAAUUUUUUAUUGACUAGAAUAAUAAAAGAAAAUUUCAGAUUUGCCAACAACAAAACAAUUUGAAAAAUAUAGUCGACAAGCUUUCCCGAAAAAAAUAA